UCUGCGAACGGUUUCGCCAAUCAGAAGUGUCGUAGGGCGGGGCCACUAACUCCCGGUUGUUCCCCCGCUCGCAUCAACAGAAGCAACGGACAGAAAGAAAGGAGGAGGCGGAGGAGGAGCGACACUGUGCUGUUGGUUUUGAAUAUUCUUAACUACUAUUACGUUUAAUUCAAGGUCUAUAGGGUUUUAAUUUGUGAUAUAACUAAGCGGUGCAUCAACAAGAUUUUGGGUUUCGAAGAAGGCAGGCUGACCUUUCCACAUUGCAUCUCUUCACUUUGACGGUGGCCUGCCCCACACAGGUGGAAGGGGCCUGCAGUGGAUGCUUGGAAGAAUGGAAACUGUGCAGAAAGAAUUUGUGUUCCAAGGGACAAAAUACUCCAUCUUGGUGUCAUGGGGAGAGGACUUGUUGGAGGUGGAAGUGUCGAACACAGUUACCACGGAGCAGUGGGGGGCUGAAUUUAGCCCUGAGUAUAUCGAGAACCUGACCCGAAAAACGGGCAAUUUCAAGGAGUUUGCAAUCUUUUGCAACAUGUUGGUGUCUGCCGUCACAAAGUCCUGUGAAUCGGUGACCCUUCAGCUUUUGACAUUCGAUGAUCUGCAACAACUGCAUAAGAAAAAAGCAUCCCAUUCAGAAUGUGUCCGGCCGCUAGUCAAGUCUCCGGCCCUCAACAUGAAGCGAUACUUCAUUUUAAUCUACUCUGUGGAGUUUGACAGAAUUCACUACCCGCUACCACUAGCAUUUUAUGGAAAGCUGGACCCAGUUCUGCUUCAAAGGGAAAAUCGCAGAUUGCGGUCUCAACUAACAGAAUGGAUGUCGAAUGAGGGACCUGAUACCAGAGAUGGGGAUAUGCAUCGUCUUCAAGCAGAAGUGGAGCAGAUGCGUCAAGAAAAGGCCCUCCUAACAAGGGAACUGGAGCUCCUGCGAUCAGAAUCAUCCCAGCCACGCCGGGAUCCCCGAUCCAUGAAGGUAUUGAAGGAUAUGGUGAGAAUUCUCGAGGAACAACUUUUACAGGAGCGCAACAAACACCAGCGUUCAGCCAGCAAGAGAGAGCAGGAGUACAACAUGCUACUAGAUGAGAUUGAAGACCUGAAAGCAUCUGAGAGAAAACUGAAAAGUCGAGUGAAGAGUCUCACCAGUGAACUGGCCAUAUAUAAAAAAAGGGUAAGUCUUGUAACAAUUUUUGCAUGGUUUCCUGCUAGAAGCAAAAAAAGUGAGAACCACUCUGCUCAAACAUCUAAGUGGGCUACCAGUUUGUAUGAUUUGCUGACUUUGUGUGAUAUCUUAACUUGUAUUUUGGUGGUUUCUCAGUGUAAUCCUUCUGAAGCAAAUGUUGUUCGAUCUUACAGGAGGGUAACUCCAGUGGGGCAACCUCGUUCAGGCUCUGUUUUGGGGUCGGACCACAGCCAAGGAGAAGAAAGACGGUCCACGUCAAAUGAGAGGAGUGCUGGCCACAGGCUACGCUCACAAAGCCGAUCGCACUCCAGAGGGCGGAAUGAGCAGUGGGGGCAACGGAAUCAAAGAAUUGGCUCAAGAGAAAGGUCAAGCUCGCGGGAAAUGCAGAGUUCUGCUGAGAAACGGUUGAAGGUGCCCAGACAGUCCCCUUCGCCUUCAGCAAGAAGACCUCCACGGUUUGACCCCACUGCAUAUGUAAAAGACAAAGCACGCAAACAGAUGGAGACAGAGACGAGGAACCAACGGAAAGUGCUGAGGGACAUGCUGUCAUCCCCCAGCAGUGCACAGAGGGGCCGGACUUUCUCGAGAGCCACACGGCCGGCAGGUAGGAGUGUCGGCUCUGCACGAAGCUCCUCUGCCGAAACACUGCGGAGCAGGCAGUCUUCAGCCAGCUCAAUGUCGGAGACGGAGGAUCUCUCUGGGCCUUUUCCCUCCAAGUCAACGUCAAGGAACAGAAAAAAGAAGCAUCCUUGCAAUUCAGGACUGGGAAAUGGCUGCAUAUUGCCAGGUAGCCGGUCCAAGGCCAAGAAGAGGAUGUCAAGCACUCCAAACAGGAUAAACAAAGCCAGCGACAAAGAGAACUCCUAUGAAUUGUCAGAUAUUGAUGCUCGCUUAAUGACUGUUAGAGAAUACCUGAGAAACAUGGAGGCUCGCUGCUAGCAGUCCAGGGCAGGACCACACCACACCACAUUGCACUGUAAGGGUGUCCAGUGGUCCGGUUGGUGGGGCAGCUGCCAAGGACCUCCCAUUUUCUAGUACGCCUGUCUGUCUGAAGUUCAGCUUGUUUUUUCGGUCUAACGGGCUGCUUUGAACAAGCCGAACGGACAGUGAGGCAGCUUUUGACUUGGAAAAAAGUUCCUCUUUGAGAUGGGUGGGCUUUAUUUUUAAUUAUGACAUUUGGUUAAUUUAAUCUGUUGAUUUACUUUUAUUGUAUAUAUUUUUUAUCCAGAUCACACUGAUAUUGAGAACUUUGCAGAAGUUAUUUUCAUAUUUAUUUUUCUUCUGUAUUCUGUUUGGUAUAGUUUUCAAAAUAUCCAAGCCUUAAAUGUCACCUGUCCUGCAGUAUUGUGCAGUCAAAUCAGAGUGUUAACUCUCCUUGACAACUACUAGGGAAAUCUAAAUAAACUAUAGGAUGUGUCA